GUCAUCUCGAACCAAAAAGAAAACAUUGCCUUUGAUUCUAUUAAUUUUCUUAUUGUUUAGUAUUAAUCCAAACAUCUAGUCAGUAUGGUUUUGAAUGAAAACACUAAAAGGGUGCUUAAAUAUGUAAGCAAUCCCAAUCUAAUUACUGAGACCACAUUUAGAAAAUUAAUUACUAUUUGCUUCCAAGGAAUCAUAGAUAACAAACCAGCAAACUUAAACGAAUUUGAUAAUUCUAAACUUGAUAUUAUGAAGGAGCUCUAUGCAGCAUUGUUAAUAGCAAUUGCAGAAUUUGCAAGACACAAGUACACAAAACAAAUGAUAGAGACCUACCUAAUGGUAGAGUGCAAUUUUCCAAGCAUUAAAGCUGCAGAUUUCUCAGGACCUUUCGAAAUCAAUAAACUAAAGUUGCUGAUCAAACUUGGAAGUAUAGGCACACAUCUAUCACGCGUUGUUGAUGUAGAAUGGAGCAUUGAUUACAUUUUAAAGUCUUAUGCUUUGGACGAAUCUGAUGGUCCCCUUUUUCGAGUGAAAUUGAUCACAGAGCAAUUUGAUCAAGAAACUAAUGAAAAGCAGAUGGGAAAUGUUACAUUCUGUUGCGAUACACAGGAAUUGCAGGAUUUGCUUUACAAGCUGAAGGAUUCUUUGAGGCAUUGUCAAAAAAUAUUGAAUACAAGUAAUACUAUAUAACAUAUUUAGUUUAAUAAGAUUUAUC